AUAAAUUAUGAAAUAAUUAAAUAAUAAAUACCAACAAUAACUCUAACCCUUAAAAUUGACAAACCAUAUCACUCCAUAAUUUAAAUUAAAUCCAAAUUAGAAUUCACCAUCGCCAUCCCCAUUAGCUCUUAGAAAACCAUUAUUUAGUUUACAUGAGAAAGCUUCUGCUAGAUCUAUGAAAAAGUAGCUUCAUCAUUCUCCUCCUAUCACACAAAAAAAUACACUACAAAUAGAAAAAUAUGGAUUAGAUUAGAAUUUUGAAUACAUCCUUAAAUUUGCUGUCAGAACUAGAUAAGGAAUGCAAGUUGGGAAUCCAAAUAAAUAGAAUUAAGAUUCUUUUAUAGUUUUUCCAAACAUAGCUAAUAAAUCAUAUAUGCAUUUCUUCUUCAUAUGUGAUGGUCAUGGAAUUCAUGGUCAUCAUAUUUCAAAUUUCUUGAAACAACAAUUUCCAAUAUACAUUACUAAAUUUAAAAAUCAAUUGGAAAACAAGUACAAAUAGAAUAAUUUAAAAUAGUCCUUAUGCUACAAUUUAUACUAUAUUUAUUUAAGUUAUUAAAGCCUUAGAUCAAUCAUCUAUAGAUCAAUAAUAUUCUGGCUCUACCGUGGUUGGUUUGUUUAUGUUGCAUAAUAAAGUAUUAAAACUAUUUUUAAUAGAUUUAUUGUCCAAACCUAGGAGAUUCAAGAGCAAUUAUGCUAAGUCGAACAAAUAAAUGGUUUAUCAAAAAUCUAUCAAGAGAUCAUAAACCAGAUUGUUAAGAUGAAGCUGAACGUAUCCUUAAUCAUGGAGGAAGAAUUGAUCCUUAUAAAGAUUUAAAGGGAUAAUCUUGUGGACCAUUAAGAGUUUGGACUACUGGUAAUGUUCCUGGAUUGGCAAUGACAAGAUCUAUUGGUGAUUAAAUUGCUAAGACUGUUGGAGUCAUUGACAAACCAGAAAUAUACAAUUUCAUUCUUGAAAAAAUGGAUAGAGUUAUCUUACUAGGAUCCGAUGGAUUGUUUGAGUUUCUUUCUUAAUAAGACAUUUUAGACUCUGUUACUCCUUAUGUAGAUAGAAUGGAUGUUGAGACUGCUUGCAAUCAUUUAUUAGAAAUGGCUCAUGUUAGUUGGGUAUAAAGAGGGAACAAAGUGAUCGAUGAUAUUACUUUUAUAUUGAUUUUUAUGUAAUAUUGA